AUGAAAGAAGCCAAACACAAAAGAGAGUAUAUUGAGACAACACCCUCUGUUCCCUCUUCUCGCGGAGCGGCGCUGCGUCGUUCUUCUCCACCGGCUGCCAUGAGCGAGCGCCUCCGCCCCAGGAAGAGGAGAAGGAAUGGCAAUGAAGAAGACCACCAUAUUCCCCCCCAGACCAAAAGGAGUAGUAGAAACCCCGUCUUUCAUGAUUCCUGGGACACAGAGUCUUCAAGCAGUGACAGUGGUGGGAGCAGCAGCAGCAGCAGCAUCAACAGCCCGGACAGGGCCAGUGGGCCAGAAAGCAGCUUAAACCACGUGGGCGCCGUGUCUAGCCCUAACACCCCUCAGCCUGUGCCCGAGCAGUCCGCACUGUGCCAAGGCCCGUACUUCCACAUCAACCAGACCCUGAAGGAGGCCCACUUUCACAGCCUGCAGCACCGAGGACGGCCUCCGACAUGAUGUGCCGCCAGCUUCUUGCCUUCUGUGAAGGGACAGCUGUGCAGAUUUGAUAUUUCAACUUACGAUGUUUUAAAAAAUUGCACAAAAAAAUGCCUGUUGGCUUUUCAGUCUAUAUUUGAAAUAACAGGCUAACAGGCAGUUGUUUACUUGUGGUUUUGCUGCACUAUUGCAAUUUCAAAGGGGCUUUGAAGCAAUUUUUUAUAGGAUUCUUUUAAGGGUGGGUAUCAAAUCCAUGUCAAGGUAGUGGUAUGAGGAAAUCUCAUCUGCGUGUCGAUUCCAUAGACUGUCCAGUUCAGAUGGAUAUCCAAAUCUGUCAAUUAGAAAUUCUACUUUAUGUAAAAAGGCCUUUUAAAAAUGCGGGAUCUUCAAUUUUUUUAAUUCAAUAAACUAGAAAAGAGUAUCUAGUUUCCAUG